UAUUCGCAUUAAAACCAAACCGCAAUCAAAACCGUAAACCGUCGCUGCCGAACGUACUCUCUUCUGCUUUGUCAUCUUCCCUGCAACAUCACCACCCGGGGCCCUCUGCCCUAGCCCAGCCACUGCCUCCGAUCCCGGUGCCGUCCAUCUCUGUUUGAAACCCUAACCCCAUUGCCGCACUAUUUUCCGCUGUCUUCUUCAAGAUCCGUAUUAUCUCCCCUGCAACAUCACCACCGGUAGCCCUCUGCAACAACACUCAGCUUCUCCAGCCACCGCCUCUGAUCCCAGUGCCGUCCAUCUCUGUGCGAAAACCCUAACCUCAUCGCCGCAUUAUCUUCCGCUGCGUUCUCCAAGACCCUUAUCAUCUCCCCCCGUAACAUCACCGCCGGGAGCCCUCUGCAACAACCCUCAUCUCCUCCAACCACCGCCUCUGAUCCCAGCGCCGUCCAUCUCUGCCACCGGCAGUGACUCCGGCCCCGCCUUUGGUCUCCGCGCCACCCCGUAUACCAGCGCGGGUCACCCGUCGUCGAUUCCUGCAUCAUCGUGCUGCGCCCGCGCCCCUUACAGCCGGGUAACUCAGAAUCCAAUGGCGUCCCAGACUCGCGGCAACGAGCCGAUCUCCAAUGAAGGUGGCGCUACGGUUCACCGGAAUGAGAUUUCAGAUCCUGUUGAUGCGAAUCGGAACCUCAACGGUGAAAUAGGCGGGGAGGCAUCUGGGGGCCUUCAGGUCGUCGUUCCAGUUCCCGGUAACCCUGAGAUUGAAAAUAGGGCGCAGGCAUUUGGGGAGCGUCUGGUCGAGAUUCCACAUCCCGUCCCCGACAUUGAAAAUGCCAUGCCAGCGGCUGAUCAAGCUAGGAACAGACCCUCAACAAGCACCGUGUUAUUAUUUGCAGGGGGUUCCAUAGUCCUCAUCAGCGGAGCCUUGCUCUUCAUUGCCAUAUUUAACUUUCCCUCAUCGCAUGAAUUCUUUGCGGUCUUUUGCAUUUUCUGCAUUGGGCUCAUCAUCAUCUACCUGGGGGUGGUCUGCGGAUAGGCACCUGUUGUGUCUGUAUCAGUUUGUGAUUAAAGAAUAAUCAUCAAUGGUGGAUUAGGUGGUGAAAACCUCGCAUUCUCAGUGAUAUGUGGUGCUGUAGAGAGAUUCAAUUGGUGGGGCCGUUGAUAAUCUUGCACCAGAGAUGCAAAUUAGCUCAGACCCCAUCCCUGAGAAAGCACGGGGCCUCACCAGUUGAAUCUCUUGCCCCUUCACCACACCACCUCUAAUCACCUAAUCCGCAUCUCAAACUGUAUUCUUGAUUUUUGGUUUGCCUGAAACAUAAAUAUGAGUUUUUUAAUUUUUUCUUUUCUUUUUUUAUUUAAAAUUAAAAUACUACAUUGGGGUUGUAACUCUCGCAACAUGAGCUCUACACUGGUUUACAUUGGAGUUGUAACACUCACAACAUGAGCUCUACACUGGUUAAAUUUACCACUUAUAUGAAAAUAGAUUUUUUACUUGAAA